UUUUACUUUGAAAGUGUGAUAUUGGGCGGUCACUGCUGAGGCUUGUGGCUGUUUUCAGGCUUGAGCUAGCUAACCGCCGAUCACAGUCCACGACAAAAAAAAACUCUGAGACCAGAGUACACCUUGAAAGUGCAACAAUGCAGACCAUUAAAUGUGUAGUAGUUGGGGAUGGUGCUGUGGGUAAAACCUGCCUUUUGAUUUCAUAUACGACAAACAAGUUCCCAUCAGAGUAUGUACCAACAGUUUUUGAUAACUAUGCCGUAACUGUAAUGAUUGGGGGUGAACCAUACACUCUUGGAUUAUUUGACACUGCAGGCCAGGAGGAUUAUGAUCGGUUGAGGCCUCUGAGCUACCCCCAAACCGAUGUCUUCUUAGUUUGUUUCUCAGUAGUUUCACCCUCAUCCUUUGAAAAUGUCAAGGAAAAAUGGGUGCCUGAGAUCACCCACCACUGUCCAAAGACCCCGUUCCUGUUGGUCGGAACUCAGAUUGACUUGAGAGACGAUCCUUCUACUAUUGAAAAGCUUGCAAAGAACAAGCAGAAACCCAUCACUCCUGAAACAGCAGAGAAACUAGCGAGAGACUUGAAAGCAGUCAAAUAUGUGGAAUGUUCAGCUUUAACACAGAAAGGGCUGAAGAACGUAUUUGAUGAGGCCAUACUAGCUGCCUUGGAGCCCCCAGAGCCUAAGAAGAAACGUAAAUGUGUUCUUUUAUGAGUUCAGCCUUUAUGUAGGUCCUUUCAGGCAUAAACAUAUAACAUAAGAUCUAUGACUAUUUUCCAUAAGCAUAAGAAUCUUGGUUAGUUUUGGUUCUACCUUAAACCUUUAUCAGGAAAGGACUAACUAUUGCAAAUACUUUUUUUUUUGUUGUUGUUUUGUUUUUUCUUCAUAUUUGCCUUGAUAUAUUGUCAUCUGAAUUAAGAAGAAUGGAUAUGUGUAAUGACUGUAAAAUGAGUGUAAGAUAUAUUAUUUUGCAAAAAAAAAAAGUGUAUCUUAAGAUUAUCUUGAUUUGUCAAAUUGUGUCAUGAUUGUACUCUUCUCACAUGAAAGUGAUUCACUGCAAGCCUUCCUUACAGCUAAAGAUCGCUUUUGAAUUUAGUUAUUUAUUGAUGGUUAAUAUUCAUUUCUGGGAUGGCUGCAAUAAGGAUGGAAAAAAAAAAAACAGUGUUAUGCUUCAGCACAGAGAACGUGUUGGCAGUAGUUCUUAGUUAAGUGGCAGAUCACUUGUAACAUUCAUGAACUGAAAUUCUGAGGACUUUUUUUUUUUUUUUUUUUACAUUGUGAAAUCAUGCCUCUGAACUCUAUUUAUUAUAAAUUCUUAUUAUAAAACAAAUUGAUCCAAACAUCUUUAUGGUAAAAUUACAAAUUGAUUAAAUUGACCUCACCUUGCACAAAUAUCACUCAUAUGUGUAAAUCAUGAUAACUACAAUAAUGUUCAGUUUUACUUGGACCUGAUGUUGAUCAGGUCAUGUUUUCAGUUAAAGAUCAUUCUGAGUUUAUAUUUUUCUUUCUUUUUGGAUCAGUCAGUUUUGAGUAAUAAUCUUUAAUAAUUUCUUUUUUUAUUUAUACUAAUUGUCAUUAGCCUUUGUAUAAUUAUAAUUGAGUUUAUAAUGAUAAUGAUGUGUGACGGUGAUUCUUUAGCAUUCAGCCACUCAAAUACAGCAUGUGUAUUGUUUUUGUUUGAGUUUAUUUUUCUUUAUUUCUUUUUAAUAUAUUUUUAUAUGGACUGUUUCGUUACAGAAAGAAAUGAUUACUUGUGUGAAUCGCAUUGAAAUAAACAUUUCCAACAUUUUGAAA